AUGCCUCUCGUCGCCACAACAACCCCCACCGGCAUUGUUUGCACCUGUGCCGAGCCAACCUACGACGAGGUUGGAUGCAUCAAGUGCUUCGAGAAGGGCCUGUGCGCCAUCGAGCACCCGGAGACCAUCUGCUCCACCCUCACCUCCGAGACGUCCUCCGUCGCCGACCUCUCGCUGGAGACGCCUCCACCCGAAAAGGAGGACUUCGCAAACGGCGUCUUCUGCACGUGCGAAAAGUCCGAGUAUGACGAACUGGGAUGCGAUAGCUGCAUCGAGAGGGCCUUCCAGGCCAUGAAGCAUUGA